ACACGCGACCCAACCUCAUUGUAUCUCGAACCCGAAAAAAAAAGCAGAGGAGAAGGAGAGGCGACAGAGAGGCGAUUUGCGAUCCCGACUUGUGAAGGUUCUGAAAUGGAUGAAGAACAGUGAGAUAUGAAAGCACACAAAGCAUACUACCAGAGGGUUGAUUUCGUAUCAAAUUCGAUGCAGGGGAUUCUCCAACUGUGCCCCUGUGGAUCAAUCACGAAGGAAAUUGUAGAUGAAGAGGAUACAUAUGACUACUUCCCUGGGAAAAGAUACUUCAUCUGCAAAGACUUCGAGAAUGACGGUCUGCAUUACAGGCAACCAUGGGUUAUUGGCGUGCAAGAAGAGGUUGAGAGGCUCAAACUGAAAGUUCUCCGCCAUGAGAACCUUCUUAGAGAGUGUGAGGCACUUAAGGAACAGAUUAAAAUGUUGGUCAACCGGGUUUCUGAACUUGAGGAUCAGUAAAGACAUGUGCGAGAUGAAGACAAAAGAUGGUGUCCCUUCCUUGUUCAGUCACGGGUCAUUUCAUUUGCUUUUUCUGUAUGCUUGCUUGUGGUUGUAUGUGUCACGGGAUGUAUGUGUCACGGAGAGUCACGGGUUGCUUUGUGCUUGUUGGUUCUUUGUAUUUUGAACUUCUAUUUAUAAGUCAGUAUCUGUUGCUUUGUAAUUUGAACUUCCCUUGUAUCAUCUCAUCAAUGAAAUCUCUUUCUUCUUAUUCCAAGCUUUGAAGCAAACUUUGCUUGUAUCAUGUCACGCCAAGAAAACCAACAAGUGAUGAAACUUAAACCAUUCUUUACUCCUCUUCUACUUCUCUAAAAUUCACGGCAAUAAAACCAACAAGUUAAGACACAACUACUUCUCAAAUCACAACUUAUCAAUAUGGGAGAUGAAGGCGAUCGAAGAUUGAAUGCGGCAUUGGAUAAGACUGUCGAUGAAUAUAUUGAAGACACAUACAACAACAUCGUCAACAACCAAACAAAGAAACAAAGCAAACGUGCAUAUGUCGAACGAAACCGCGAAGAGGGCCACACAAGACUUGGAAUGACUACUUCAGUGAAAAUCCUACAUUUCCGCCUCAUUUAUUCAGACGACGUUUCCGCAUGAACAAGGUGGUAUUCAUGCGUAUUGUCGAUCGCCUCUCAGAAAAUUUUCCCUUCUUUCAACAAAGAAAAGAUGCAACUGGGAGGUUAGGUCUAUCUCCACUCCAAAAGUGUACGGCGGCUCUUCGUAUGCUUGCUUAUGGUUGUGCUGCUGACGCCGUUGACAAAUAUCUCCGACUUGGUCAAAGCACAACACUUUCAUGUUUAAGCAAUUUCACAGAAGGCGUAAUACAAUUAUUUGGAGAUGAGUAUCUACGAAGACCUACUCCAGAGGAUCUUCAACGACUACUCGAUAUUGGAGAGAUACGCGGCUUUCCUGGGAUGAUAGGAAGCAUCGACUGUAUGCAUUGGGAGUGGAAAAAUUGCCCAACCGCCUGGAAAGGACAGUACACACGUGGAUCAGGAAAGCCAACAAUUGUCUUGGAGGCUGUAGCUUCAGAAGAUCUUUGGAUAUGACACGCUUUUUUUGGUCCUCCAGGUACCUUAAACGAUAUUAACGUCCUCGAUCGGUCUCCUGUUUUUGAUGACAUUUUACAAGGUCGAGCUCCAAGGGUACAAUAUGUGGUCAACGGGCACCAGUAUGAUUUGGCAUACUACCUCACAGACGGCAUAUAUCCAAAAUGGUCAACAUUUAUCCAAUCUAUCUCAAACCCUCAACGUCCUGAAGCAGAGUUAUUUGCUAAAGUUCAAGAAGCAACCUGAAAAGAUGUGGAGCGUGCUUUUGGAGUUUUGCAAGCUCGAUUUGCAAUAGUGAAAAACCCGGCUAUUUGGUGGGACAAGAGACAAAUAGGGAUGGUUAUGCGAACAUGUAUCAUACUGCACAAUAUGAUAGUAGAAAAUGAACGCAAUGGAUACACUCAGUAUGAUACAUCAGAGUUUGAAGAAGGAGACUCGAGUAGAAGUUCACAGGUGGAUAUGUCAUAUUCUCCGAAGCCUUCAAAUCUCCGUACUAUGCUUGACAUACGGAGUCGUGUUCGUGACCCACACAUACAUGGACAGUUGAAAUAUGAGUUGAUUCAAAAUAUUUGGAACAAGUUUGGUAAUGAUGAAGAUGUUUAAUUAUUGUAUGUUUACAUUUUGUAUUUCAAUAAAUGAAAAUUUUUAAUUUCAAA